GCAGAUCCUCGUUCCUAGCUGCCUGCCAGCGUCCUCGGCCCGGCCCUGAGGAUGGACCCAGGAGACCCCACUGGUGACCCCGCCACUGGUGAGCGCCACUGCACGGGCCAGGACCCCCUCCUGCUCCUGCAGGCCCUGCAGACCCUGUGGUCCACGCGGGAGCGGCAGCAGCUCCAGGAGGAAGCCUGGCGGGGGUUUGCUGCCCUGGACGACCCCCUGGCGGGGCUUCUGGACAUGCUGGAGAGCUGCCGGGGCCGGCGGGGAGAGGGCCCCUCCCUGGAGGCCUGGAUCUCCCGCCAGCUGCAGUGCUGGCUACAGGCACAGCCAUGCCCGAGCCCUGCCCAGCACAGCCUGAGGCUGAAGCAGCUGCAGGCCCGAGCGAUCCGAGUCCUCACUGAGAGCCCCCCCAGCCUUGUGGCACCGCUGACCAGCAUCUUCCAGCUGCAGCAUGCAGACAGGAGCUGCCUGCUGGUGCACGUCCACCGCCUCCACCAGGAGGGCAGGUUCAGAGAAGCAGUCAUGCUGGGCACGACGUUGAAGCUGCAGCCAGAACUUGAUGUUGAAAAGAUGAGCGUCCCACUGCUCCUCCAGGACAAGGUGGCCCUCAUGGAGCGCUACGUGGCUGGCUUCCCGGACCUCCAGAGGAGGCUGCUGGCCCUCAUGGAUUCCUGGUGCCAGCCCGGCUUUGACAUCAAGGACGUUGCCAGCUACCAUGUGACUGCAGCCGGAGCAGCUGCCUCUGGAGAGGAGAGGCUGGGGCUGGCAGCAGCACAGCCCUCUUCUCCCAAGUGCUACCCAGAGGUGCCACGUGGUUUAAAGAGGUGGCGGCCCCUGGGGUGUCCAGUGCACGAGGGUAGCAGAGGCCUCGUUUCCGGGAAGGAGGAAGCGCUGUGUCCCAAUGCGGCCAUGUGGCAGCGCCUGGCGGCCCUGCGGCACCUGUGCCACAAGCGGUUUGUGGAGAAGAGCCUGUCUCAGGAAAACUGGGCUGACCACGUGCAGGGCCUGGUGGGGCAGAACCCGUGGCUUCAGGAGCAGCUGUCUCAGCUGCUGGUCUCCCACGGUGACCCAGUCACGGCCGCCCGGUGUGCCAUGGGCCUCUCACUGCCCGAGGAGCGGCUGCCGGCUGCGGUGGCUGUGGAACUCCGCCAGCUCAGUCUCCAGGGGAGGGCAGCUGAGGCUGACUCGAGGCUGGAGGUGAAGGACGUGAAGGACCGUUACUACCAGCUGCCCAUCCCCAGGGAGAAUAUCCACCUCCUGGCCUCGUGGGAAGACCUGACCAGAUAUGAGGGUGCACUCCUGCAGCCCCACCAAGUAGUUGGUGUAGACCUGGAGUGGACACCUGUGUUCGUUGCUGGGGGCCGGCCUCGGCCGUCACUCCUGCAGGUGGCCGUGGAGGGCCACGUGUUCCUUCUGGACGUCCUGGCACUCUCGCAGCCACCAACAGGGCAGGGAGCCCAGGCCUUCUCCCGGCUGGUGGCCCAGCUCCUCUCGGACCCAUCUAUCACCAAGCUGGGCUACGGGAUGGUGGGGGACCUGCAGAAACUGGGCGCAUCCUGCCCCGCCCUGGCCCAUGUGGAGAAGCAGAUUCUGGGUGGCGUGGACCUGCUGCUGGUGCACAGACAGAUGCGGGUGGCAAACAUGCCAACCUCAGGCACGGACAGGGCCAAGGGGCUGAGGGGCCUGAGCCUCCUGGUGCAGCAGGUGCUGGGCACAGCCCUGGACAAGACGCAGCAGCUGUCCAACUGGGACCGGAGGCCGCUCUGUGAGGAGCAGCUCAUCUAUGCAGCUGCCGAUGCCUGCUGCCUGCUGGACGUGCACCAAGCCCUGUGCAGAGAGCCUGCCCGCUUCCACCUGUCGGAGGACCUGGCCGGGAGCCGGAGGCCCAGGCACACAGAGAGACCAGGGGCUCAGAAGCCACCCGGCUUGCAGAAAGCAUCAGCCUCAGCCGCACCCAGGCAGGUCCCUGUGGCUGCUGUGGCUGAGGGCGCCGCCCCUCAGGUCCCGGCCAGGGCCUUCCGCGUGGUGUGUGACAACAUGCUGCAGGGGCUGGCACGGAGCCUCCGCUGUCUGGGUGUGGACGCACGCAUGCUGGGCAACGGUGACGACCACCGCAGGGCGGCCGAGGUCGCCAGGCAGGAGGGGAGGAUCAUCCUGACAUCGGGGCAGCCAUUCCACAAGCUCCGGGCCCAGGUCGGGGCUGGGCGCUGCCUCUCGGUCGACUGCUCCCUGAAGGCCCAGCAGCAGGCUAAGGCUGUGCUCAAGCAUUUCAAUGUGCGCGUCACCCACGCAGACAUCUUCAGCCGCUGCCAGGCCUGCAACUGUGACCAGUACCUGAAGGUCUCCAGGGACAUGAUGAAGCAGCUCAUGUGGCUCAGCGGCCACCAGGAGGGGCCCAGGAGCUCAGGUGACAAGGCCACCCAGAGCCAGGAGGUGCAGGAGCCAGGCCCAGCCCCAGAGGCAGCCCCUGGGGGCUGCACCUAUGACCGUCCCUGCCGCUGGCUGCAGGCGGCUGACCUGCGGGCGGAGACACCGGACAUGCUGACCAAUGGCACCCGGCUGCAGCUGGCAGGGGUCCCGGUGGGCGUGCUGAGGACACCCGGCCUGCGGCACUUCUACUGCUGCACGCGCUGUGGAAAGGUCUUCUGGGAUGGCUCCCACCUGGAUCGUGUUGCCACCCACUUCCGAGACGUCCUGGAGAGCGCCCCCAGCCCCUGUGAGCCGAGCCCAGCCCCCAGCCCGGCCAGCAGCCCCUUCUGAGGACAACCAGACAAUAAACAUGGAAAGUGCCUGACUGCUGGGGCCACGGCCGUGGA